GAGGCUGUCGAACCACUCGAGCCGCAGUUCCCACGAGGUGCGGACACCACGGACUCGCAUCGCCACAAAAGUUGCGACUUGGGGCUGAGAAGGGGAGCGCCAGGCUCAUGUUGAAAGCAAUGAGGCUCCCUAUAACAAUGGCCCAAUAUCCCCAGUGUUGGGUACAUUUUUACAGGACGUAGCCAAAGUCAGCGUCUAUCGUUCACACUCCUACAUUGUCGACACACUCUUUUCAAGACAAGAUGAGAUCAGGAACUUGGUUGUGGGCUGUCGCAGCCAUCCUAUACUCCCAAUGCCUCGCAGCCCCGCUCUCUAGUGCAGCAAGGCCUGAGCGAGCAUCUCUUCGCUUGCCCGUAAAGAAGAGGCUUCUGACUGGAGACAUUCAGCGUCGCUCAGUGUCGUCGCCGCUCCAAAAUGGCGAUUUCGAAUACCUCGUCGAGCUUGAGUUGGGAACCCCAGCCCAGGCUGUCACCCUCAGCAUCGACACGGGCAGCAGCGACAUCUGGGUCUACGGGCCUGAUUCGUGCACCACUUGCACGGGCGGAAUUUUUGAUCCCACGAAGUCGAGCACCGGCGUCUACGACAGCGACCUGGGAGACUUCUCGGCGACCUACUUUGACGGCACGGCGGCGUCGGGAUACUACAUCGACGACACGGUCGGCCUGGGCUCCGCGACCGUGACGGGGGUCACGUUCGCCGUGGCGACCUCGGCGGCCAACACGAACCGCGGCAUCAUGGGGAUCGGCCUGGCCGGGCUCGAGGCCAGCGAGGUGCAGUACCCGGAGUUUCUGGACGACCUGAAGAGCCAGGGCCUGAUCGACCGGCGGUCGUACAGCAUCUACCUCGACGACCUGGAGGCCGGCAGCGGGUUCAUCCUGUUCGGCGACGUCGACGCGUCCAAGUACUCGGGCGACCUGGUCACGCUGCCCAUGGUGCCGUACACGGACUCGGCGCCGCGCCUGCAGGUCGAGUGGACGUACCUCUCGGCGACCGACGGCGCCGGCACCACGACGGCGCUGACCCAGGCGGCGUUCUCGUACCCCGUGGCCAUGGACACGGGCUACACGACGAGCGUGCUGCCGGUCGAGCUGUUCAACGAGCUCGCGACCUACUUCGGCGUCACCACCGACAACGCCGGCGACUACCUCGUGUCGUGCGACAUGCCCGCGGGCUCCUUCACCUUCGGCUUCGGCAGCGGGCCCGCCGUCGCCAUCCAGGUGCCCUUCUCCGAGCUCGCCGUGCCCGUCCCCGGCGAGGACGGCACCUGCCUGUUCGGCUUCCUGCCCCAGGAGCAGAGCGUCAUCAGCUUCGGCGACACCUUCCUGCGCAGCGCCUACCUGUACUACGACUUUGACGGCUCGUCGAUCAGCCUGGCCCAGGCGGUUUGGACAUAAGACAUUCUGAGACGAAGAUAUCACUACUGCAUUGGGGGGCUUGCGAGGAUAUUAUGUCGUAUGUGUGAUGAUUACAUGUGUGGAGUUGCUGGGAUAAUAUAGGUACACACAGCCAGGCUCGAAAAAAACGUAAUGUCGAUUUGUGAUUCUCUUCCCUCACACAAUACGUAACUGUACAACUGCAUUUACUUUUGAAAAAAAC